AUGAACAAUUUGACUAAAGCCAUAUUGAAUGGAGAUUUUGAUGAAUCUUCAUCGUCUGAUGAUGAUAUCAUCAUGAUGCAACUAUUCACAGCGCAACAACAAAGAUUACAGAUGUUAAGCCUAAACCAACAAACCAGACGUGUUGGUUCCACAAGUGGUCGUCGAUACAUUAAUCAUGAGAGGAUCAAAGGCGACGAACAAAUUUAUAGAGAUUAUUUUGUAGAUAAUCCCGUCUAUCCAGAAGAAUACUUUCGAAGACGUUUUCGAAUGAGGCGAUCAUUGUUUGUUAGUAUCUUACAUGAUAUUCAACAAGUGAAUGAGUACUUCAUCCAAACCCGUGAUGCCAUUGGUGCUCCUGGAUUAUCCGGUGUACAAAAGAUGACUGCAGCACUUUGGAUCCUGCAAUACGGCGUGCCUGUUGAUGUUGUAAACGAGUAUAUUAGAAUCGGCGAAAGUACUGCAAUUGCCGCCUUAAAUUUUUUUUCGAGAUCAAUUGUUGCUACCUAUGAAGCCGUUUACUUAAGAUCUUCAAAUGAAGCAGAUAUCGCCAGAUUAUUGCAAGAGAGAGAGCAACGCGAGUUUCCUGGAAUGUCGCCUUUAUUUGUUGAAUUAACUAGAGGACAUGCCCCUGCUGCCAACUACACCAUCAAUAAUCACGCGCACACCAUGGGGUAUUUUCUUGCUGAUGGUAUCUACCCUCGUUGGGCAACGAUUGUGAAAACAAUAUCUUAA